AUGCAGCAGCGCAGUGGGAAGAAACCCCUCGCAGAACGCAAUGAGGCUACCACCCACGCCGUGUGGGAGGCGCAGCAGAAGGCAGGCGUGCAGAGUGGCGACGGUGCUAAAGCGGUGGUGAAGGCUGUAGUGGCGGAUGAGGGCAACAAGGAAGAGACGCAGAAAACGUGUUUCAUCCUCGUGCACGCGCAGCGCAUCCCACACCACCGCAUCGUGCAGAGACGCCACUUGCGACACCACCUCGUCACUACAUAUGGUGCUCAACGAAUUCGGCACAUCGAAAAGGCGUCGGCGAAAUGCCUCGACAUCUGCAAGCCGAACCGACGCGACCACGCCGCCAGCGUCCAGCUGCUGCUGCUGCUGCUGCUCCUCCUUCUUCUCCUCAUCCCGUAUAAGUUCCAGUGCUCGUUGGAUAAGUUCGCCCCCAUCACUGGCGCAACGACGGCCCCCUGGCCCAGCCCCACACUCUCUCGCUGCCACAGCCGCACUGCCUGCGUGCUGCUCGGGAGCCGCUUCAUCAUCCUUCCCGUUAUUAUCAUCACGCUCGGUGACGCUUUUACUGCCGCUGUUGCUGCUGUUGUCGCCGCACAGCCAACCACGCAGUGUUGUGGAUGCGAUGUGGGCGAUACAAGCAUCUGUGUCAAACGAGAGGCGAUAGAGUUCCUCCACUUGCUGCCGGUAGACGCGAUGCAGGACCUCAUCAAGCGACCACAGCUGUAG